ACUAUCCCAGAGGUACACCACUCAUUAAAUCUAAACGCCUCUUUCGAAGAAUCUACCCAAAGUAGUGUGGUAGAUAAUUAUAGUUUAGCAUCAGUGUGGAGAACCGAAUUUUGUCACUUUAUAGGGUACUCUCUGAUUAAUGCUUACGUAUUUGAAGAAUGA